AUGGAAUUGGUGGUUCCUCAGAUCUUGAAAGGCGGAGUCGACACUGUUUUUGUCAUGCCCAAUCUACAGCCUCCGAUCACGAGUGUAGCCCAGGCUUUGGACUACCAGUCGCGUCUGCAGGCUAUUGAACCCAAAGUCCACUACCUGAUGUCACUCUACCUCCAUCCUUCCAUUACGCCCGAGGUCAUCGCCGAAGCCGCAGCCGCAGGCAUUACUGGCGUCAAAAUGUAUCCUCAAGGCGUGACCACGAAUUCCGAGUCAGGUGUGCCAGCAGAUUUUCUGGACGCCUACUCCCCGGUCUUCGCUGCCAUGGAACAGCACGACCUUGUCCUCAACCUGCACGGAGAGUGGCCAGGACGUCUGCCAAACGACGAUGUUUCUCUCGAGGAAGCGUUUCUGCCGGAACUGAUGAGGCUUCACGAGAAGUUCCCACGUCUACGAUGCGUACUCGAGCAUUGUUCCACCGCCGCGGCUCUCGAAGCCGUACGGGCUUGCGGUCCAUCCGUUGCCGGAACGAUAACGGCACAUCACCUCUACCUAACAGGUCAAGACAGCCAGACAGACCCCCUUGCGUUCUGUAAACCUAUCCCCAAAAAGCCGUCAGACCGCGAUGCCCUGAUCAAAGCUGCUUGUAGCGGCGACCCGAAGUUCUUCUUCGGCAGUGAUAGUGCACCGCAUCCGCUCGUCUCCAAGACCCAAAGCGGCCAAGCAGGCGCAAUCCCAGCAGGGGUAUUCACGCAACCCUUUGCCACGCAGCUCGUGAUUCUAGCCUUUGAAGAGGCAAUUGCAAGGGGCGUUUUGGGGCAGGACGAAGUCACGCAGGACACGCUCGAGCAGUUCCUGAGUCGAUCUGGCAGACGGUUCUACAAGUUGCCUGACACUGCCGCCGCCAAAGGACAAGGACAGUCGAAAAUCGUGCUUGAACGGAAGGGCGAGACCAUUCCCCCUAGCAUAAAGACCGAGGAUGGGACUCUGGAGAUUGGCUUGUCGAGGGCCUCGGCUCCGGUGUUCAGUCUGAGCUGGGCCGCCUAG